AAGUUUUACCCUUCCAUGACUACCAAGCGCAAGCUACUCGUCCUCGAUCUGAAUGGCACCCUUCUCUUCCGACCAAAACAUAAAAAGACACGUACAUGCUAUCCCCGCCCAUACCUCUCUUCUUUCACUUCCUAUCUCUUUCAUCCCGCCACUCGACAAUGGCUCGACACGAUGGUCUGGAGUUCUGCUCAACCAAAGAAUGUUGGAUGGAUGGUAGAACGGGCAUUCGGACAACAUGUCAAUAAACUCAAAUUAGUGUGGACACGCGAUCAAAUGGGCUUGUCGAAGGUCGAAUAUGGUCGCAAAACUCAGACAACCAAGGACCUUUCUCGUGUUUGGGCGUCGUUGGGCGGCUUCGAUGGGAAGAAUACGAUUCUGUUGGAUGACUCCCCGUCGAAGGCGCGUAUGCAGCCAUAUAACCAUAUCUGUGUGGAGGAAUACGUGCACUGUGCUAGAGGCGUGGCAGAGAAAGGGGACGACUUGGUAGCGAAGAUGAGCAGUCUUUCUUUGGGGAUGGACGACGAUGACGAGACUCUUCUGGCCGUUAUUGGUAUCCUUGACCGUAUUAAGGGCGAGGACGACGUUGCUAAGUGGGUGAAAGAAGGGGGACUGUCAUCAGGCCAGAUUGCUGAGGUGUCGCAGUGGUACACCAAUCCUGAUAUUCUACGCGACUGGGCCAAGCUCGGAAAGCAGGCGUUGGAUGCUUUACCCCAGGCAAAGCCGGUUGCUUCAUGAUGUCAAGUUAUAUUUGUUGGGAUUAUCGGCAUAGCGAACCUAGUCCUGGACGUCUGUCGCGCUACACAGGAGGGCUGGCAACUGUGUAUUCCAACAUAUAGUGCAGCAUGGCCGGUGUUUGGAUAAAGGUCCCCUUAGAUAUAUCGUACACUCCCUUCUGAACCUAUAUCUACCUUUGUAGUCUUGAAUUGAGAUGAUUAUUCGUUGGCCACUGCCUGGGUUUGGUGGACAUCUCGAGUAAUAAUGCCUGGCCGACCCUGGGAGUCAUC